ACUCCAGCAGAGAGGAGCAGUGUGUCUGAAGCACAUUCAGCACAGGCUCUUCAGCCAUUUUACUCACCCCCUGUGCGUUUUUAUUUGAUUUCCAUCUUAAGUUGUGAUAGAGAGGAAGCUCCUUGACGCACCAUGUUGUCGGUCACUUCAGCUGUUCAGCUCUGCAGAGUGUUCCUGUCUCUGCAGGUUGUUUUCCUCAGCGUGUGGAUGGUGCACAGCAGUACUUCAAAUGGAGACAUAAAAGACUGCAUUAGAUCCAGUGGUGUGGACUACAGAGGAGAGCAGCUGAGCUCCUCCUCAGGUCUGACCUGUCUCAACUGGACCAGCACUGACAGAGACUAUGAUGUUCAGAUCCAUCCUGAUUCACUCACAGGUGUUGGAGAUCACAACUACUGCAGAAACCCAGACUCCUCUCCGAGCCCCUGGUGCUACAUCGUGAGCCCAGACGGGACAAUCCAGAGACAGUCCUGUGCAAUUGAUACAUGCAAAGAACAAGCCUCUACUGAGCCAGCAGAGGCUGAAUCCCUCCACCCGACAGGAAGUGCUGCCCCCACAGAGAGCUUUCAGCUGGCCAAGUCGGGAGCUUCUCAGGGAGAAGUCGCUGUUGUGCAGCCAGUGAUGGGAAUCAGCCAGCGAGUGCACACAUCACCCAAAAGAAAAAAAGACCUUGGCACACCUGGCUACGUCCUCGGCAUACUCAUGGUUGCGAUUAUAAUCAUCCUUGGAGUAGGCAUCAUAGUUGGCUACUUCUAUAAGAGGGGUCGCGAUUUCAAGAAACAGCAUGACCAGCGGGUGUAUGAGCGUGAGAUGCAGAGGAUCAACCUGCCCCUGGCAGCAUUCUCAAACCCCACCUGUGAGCUGGUGGACGAGAACACCAUCGUGAUCACAGCCGAGCAUGAGACCACCCCGGUCCAGGAGGGUCUGGAGGGCGUGGAGGGCGGUGACCCCCUCAUGGGCCAGCCAGCCGGUACCCCUGGAGCCUGAGCAUGAGGCGUGUAGUCAUCAAACGGGACUAUGAUAUGUAAUUUUGGACCAAAACGCUUCCAUCUUCCAGUUUCUCCUUUUCUGCCUCCCUGAGUAACUUCUGCUUCUUAAAAAAGGAGAAAGGGAGCAGUCUUUACUCCAAAGACUUUAAACUGAAUGCUGUGUCCUUUGUGUCCCGUUCCCUUUGGCAUUUAUUCAAGAUAAGCUGAAACACAACGGACACUAUUUCGACAACUAGGAGCCAUCAGUGUCAAUCUGUUGUUAAUGAAUGGGUCUUUAAUAUUCAUAUUUGAUACAUUUGAUGGCCAAGAAGAUGUGGUCAUGGGCUGCCCCCUUAAACAACAGUAUAAAUAUUGAGUAUAUUAUGUAGUCCAAUGGACGUUGAUGAGUGUUACUAAUGGUGAAUAAGUUUUGAUUCCAUAUGGCGAUUGAGGCGUGGUUACAUGUGGAAUAUAUGGUUGAUUUCCAUAUGUGUUGACCCACUGGCUGUGCUGGAGACACAAGACUGGUUUGUUUUUGUGACACACUUGUGACAAGAAUCCAAAAAUAAUCCUCCUCUGAGACAGGAUGAGGGAUCAUGAGGUAAAACAGGCCCACUAAAGACAGGGGAAGGCCUUCAGCUCAAAUUGCCUUAGCAUGAUACUUGUGAAUGUAUUGUUCUAUCUUUUUCCUGGAUAUUGUUUUUUUUUCUCUUUUUGUACUUGACUUACAGGCCAAUGCUGUUAUAAAGUAUGACAGCAGCCAUUGGCCGACAUGAAAGAGGACAUGCCCUUUUCUUCCACAGGUUAAGGAGUGACAGGAAACGCAGAGUGCUCUCUGGACGCAUGAGAGACCGUAGUUAGUCCUCAGGACAAAAUAGCACUGCCACCAAUGCAGAAUAGAUGCAACCAGACAAAGAAAAAGCCUGAAAUGUUGUCUUUGCAGAGCAGGACUGUGCACGUGUGGGUGAGUGAGUGUGUGUGUGCAUGUGUGAGUGUGUGUUGAAGUUCUGAAGAAGCCUGGUGCCUAGAUUCGAUUCUGACAUUUGAGUUGUGCAUUUGAUGAUUCAGUUGAUGAUAUGGAGUAGAAUGGAAAAUGUCCAAAGUUCGGUGGUGUUCACUGAAAAUGAAUGCAUGUCCAUGUGCACCUGUUGCAUGUUUGUAAUCGGGAGCCUCUUCUCUUUGAAAGUAGAGCAACUCUCCGCAGAAAACAUUUUAGAGAAAACCUGCCUGAAAACAGAAAUCAUCAUAUGCAGAUGAUGUUUGUUGAUGCACAAGAUACACUGUUACUCCCCAGGUUGUUCUAUCACUCCUGAUUAUCUUUGUUGUGUGAUUAUUGCUGGAAUUCCAUCAUCACUGUUUAUCUUUGGUUACUGCUACUCUGUUAUGUUCACUGUCUGUGAGCUGGCUGUUAUUAUUUUGCUUCUUCAUACAUGCAAUGGCUCACAAUGCAGCGUUUGGUUUUAGUACUUGUAUUUGUAUGGAUGCAGAAUCUCACUGCCGAGACUGAAAUAAAACGUCAAACACA